GAAGCAAUCCUGGCUAGUGCUGACGCUAGAAACGCCGAAGAAGCAUUCGAAACUUCUUCCAGGCUUCCAGAGGCCUUCCAUGGCUGUGAUUGGCAGAGGCCGAGUCUUGGGACGGAAAAUAACCAGCGAUGGUGUCCACUCCGGGCCGAGAGAGGAGCCAGACGAGCCAGACAAGAAAGACGGACUCGCUGUGUGGCCUGCUGAAGAAGGAAAAGGACCGGAACGAGGGUCUGCGGUGACACGACAGCGAGACCGCAAUAUCGUCAUAGGGUGCGAUCCCCCACAACAACAAAGAGUCGGUGGAGCCCGUCGGCCGUGCUGGAACUGGCUGGCUUUGGACUAGAAAGAUUUUCUGGGACGGACUACUGACGAUGAUGAUGAUGAUGACCGACCGAUGUGGAUGUGCUUUUUUUUUUCCUUUACCCCUUCCCAAGACGCCAAUUCCCUAGUCGGGAAUUCGUCCGUUUGUUCGCCUUGUUGUGGUCCGACAUGGCCAUUCGUUAAAUGAAAGGCACGCGGACCGUUCAUCGGAAGGCUCCGAUGAUUAAAUGUAGUAACAGUAAGAAGAUCUGAUCCUCUUUUCUAGCUUUGCAAUUGAUUGUUAUGAUUGAUCGCUUGCAAUCCACGGUCGCGGAGAGAGCGGCUCCUCCACCAAAGAAAAAAGUACGAACGAACCACGAGUCUUGUCACAAAUGAAUAACUUUGGGGCUCUGGGGAAAGGAGUAAGGCAGAUCUGACGGAAGUGUCACUCCUUGCUUGAAUUCCCAUCAACCUGAG